AUGGCCGGGGAUGCCAACCAGGACCCUGUGUCCCCAGCCCCUUCUCAGCCUGCAUCCAUGGCCUCUCCAGAAGCACAGAAGACUGGAGCAGCCCCGGCCCAGGAGAACCAAGUCGGCACGGGGGCCGAGAGAAUGGGAGCUCCUGCCCCCCCGUACCAGAAGUCCUGGCUGGCGCGGCAUUUCUCACUGCUGCGGAGAGACAGGCAGGCCCAGAAGGCAGGGCAGCUCUUCUCGGGGCUCCUGGCCCUCAAUGUGGUGUUCCUGGGUGGAGCCUUCAUCUGUAGCAUGAUCUUCAACAACGUGGCUGUCACGCUGGGCGACGUGUGGAUCCUGCUGGCCGCCCUGAAGGCCCUGUCCCUUCUCUGGCUCCUCUAUUACGCCACCUGCACCACCCGCCACACACACGCCAUGCUCUUCCGGGACCCUCAUGCAGGAUCCAUUUGGGUGCGGGGCUCCCUGGUGCUCUUCGGCAGCUGUGCCAUCUGCCUGAACGUCUUCCGAGUGGGCUACGACGUGAGCCACAUCCACUGCAAGUCGCAGCUGGAACUCAUCUUCCCCGUCAUCGAGAUUGUCUUCAUCGGCGCCCAGACCUGGGUGCUCUGGAAACACUGUAAGGACUGUGUUCAGGUCCAGACCAAUUUCACUAGGUGUGGCCUGAUGCUGACCUUGGCCACAAACCUGCUGCUGUGGGUUCUGGCUGUCACCAACGACUCCAUGCACCGCGAGAUCAAGGCUGAGCUCAGCGCCCUUGUGGAAAAUUUCUCAGGCAAUGACACCAACACCUGCGUGUGCCUCAAUGCCACGGUGUGCGAGGUCUUCCAGAAGGGCUAUCUGAUGCUCUACCCCUUCAGCACCGAGUACUGCCUCAUCUGCUGUGCCGUGCUCUUUGUCAUGUGGAAGAACGUGGGCCGCCGCCUGGCACCCCACGCAGGUGCCCACCCCGGCACACCUCCCUUCCACCUGCACGGGGCCAUCUUCGGGCCACUGCUUGGCCUGCUGGCCCUGGUGGCAGGCGUGUGCGUCUUCGUGCUCUUCCAGAUCGAAGCAAGUGGCCUCGCCAUCGCACGCCAAUACUUCAUCCUCUACUAUGCCUUCUACGUAGCCGUGCUGCCCGCCAUGAGCCUGGCGUGCUUGGCGGGCACGGCCAUCCACGGGCUGGAGGAGCGAGAGCUGGACACGCUCAAGAACCCCACCCGCAGCCUGGACGUGGUGCUGCUGAUGGGCGCGGCGCUGGGCCAGAUGGGCAUCGCCUACUUUUCCAUCGUGGCCAUCGUGGCCACUCGCCCCCACGAGCUGCUCAACCGCCUCAUCCUGGCCUACUCGCUGCUGAUUAUCUUGCAGCACAUCGCCCAGAACCUCUUCAUCAUCGAGGGCCUGCAUCGGCGUCCUCUCUGGGAGACGGCAGGGAAGCAGGAGGCCGAGCUGCCCCGCCGGGGCUCCCUGCUGGAGCUGGGCCAGGACCUGCGGCGGGCCUCGCUGGCCUACAUCCACUCCUACAGCCACCUCAACUGGAAGCGGCGGGCGCUCAAGGAGAUCUGUCUCUUCCUCAUCCUCUGCAAUCUCACAUUGUGGAUGAUGCCCGCGUUUGGUAUACACCCGGAGUUUGAGAACGGGCUGGAAAAGGACUUCUAUGGCUACCGGACGUGGUUCACCAUCGUCAACUUUGGUCUGCCUCUGGGGGUCUUCUACCGUAUGCAUUCUGUUGGAGGGCUGGUGGAGGUCUACUUGGAGGCCUGA